CGAGAGGCGGAUUAGUGCCACUUCCAGCUUAAUUAAAUCCAUUUGUUUAAUCUCUCCCUCCUCUCUCUCUCUCUCUCUCUCUCUCUCUCUCUCUCUCUCUCCACCUCCGCCGCAUCCCAAUCCGAUCUCCAGAUCCACCUCCGCGGCCGCCGCCGCCGAGCUCGCCGCGGCGACCUCCCCGCCGGGACCGGGCCCCCGCGAGCUCCGGUUCGGUGUCCGUUUCGUGCCAUUUCAGGCGGGCGGGCGGGGUGCGAGCUAAGCUCGUUUCGGAGCGAGCUCCUGCGCCGCGUCUCUCGCAUUGGGCUUGGUCGUCGCGGGAGAGCUGGGGAAGGUGUCAACCUUUUAGCUCAUUGGGAUUCAUCUGGGCUCGGGUAGUCCGGUGUGGUAACUUCACAUCAUAAUUACCAGAGUUUGAUACUUUGAUGGUGACGAUCUCUAGAUGAUCUGAACAUGGUGAGGAGAUAGAAGUAUCUUGAGUGUUGCAGCAGGGCAGCAAGGAUAUGACUGUCAUGCCAUCUCUGCGCCACCGGGCUGCGGCCAAGAAGCCCAAGUGGAUAAUCAUACUUGUGUCACUGGUUUGUUUUGUGUUGAUUGGGGCCUAUGUGUUCCCACCACGGCGCUAUUCGCAAUGCUACCUCUCUGGUUCUGGUGGGUGCACAGGUUUCAGGGAUUGGCUCCCAUCUGUAACCCGCAGGGAGCGGACUGAUGAGGAGAUCAUUUCAUCUGUGGUCAUUAGGGAUAUUCUUGCAAUGCCGAUGCCAGUGUCAAAAAAUCCAAAGAUUGCUCUUAUGUUCUUGACACCUGGUUCACUGCCCUUUGAGAAAUUAUGGGAAAAAUUUUUACAGGGUCAGGAGGGACGAUACUCCAUCUAUGUUCACGCAUCACGUGAAAAGCCUGUACAUAGUAGUUAUUUGUUUGCUGGUCGUGACAUUCACAGUGACGCGGUAGUAUGGGGAAAGAUUUCAAUGGUUGAUGCAGAGAGGAGACUAUUAGCCAAUGCACUGGCAGAUGUUGAUAACCAAUUCUUUGUGUUGCUUUCAGACAGCUGCGUGCCACUGCAUACAUUUGAUUAUGUCUAUAACUAUCUAAUGGGAACAAAUAUUAGCUUCAUUGAUUGCUUCCGUGACCCUGGGCCUCAUGGAAACGGGAGGUAUUCUCCUGAGAUGUUCCCUGAAAUAGAGGAGAAAGACUUCAGAAAGGGCGCCCAGUGGUUUGCAAUUACACGAAGACAUGCUCUACUGAUUCUGGCAGACAGCCUUUACUACAAAAAGUUCAAGCUAUACUGCAAGCCAGCAGAUGGACGCAACUGUAUUGCGGAUGAGCAUUACUUGCCAACCUUAUUCAACAUGGUAGAUCCUGGUGGAAUUGCUAAUUGGUCAGUUACGCAUGUUGAUUGGUCUGAGGGAAAAUGGCAUCCGAGAUCAUAUAGAGCUGCAGAUGUCACCUACGAUCUAUUAAAGAAUAUAACAGCUGUUGAUGAGAACUUCCAUGUAACAAGUGAUGACAAAAAGCUUGUGACACAAAAGCCAUGCUUAUGGAAUGGAUCGAAGAGACCAUGCUAUCUUUUUGCUAGGAAGUUCUACCCUGAAGCUCUUGACAACCUACUGAAGUUAUUCACCAGUUAUACAUCUGUCUAAGUUCCAUCGAAUUCUUUGUCCUUGGCAUAUGGUCUCAAAAUCCCAUGGGCUCUUUUUUGCUGUUUCUGUAAAUUGCGAAAUCAAUACCUAGAUUUUUACACAUGGAUCUGAUGGACCUAGAGACUACAGACUACAGAAGCAGAUCGUCAUCGCAGCAACUGUGACGACUUGUGAGUUCUUAGUCCCUGGGUAGGGCUGUGGCGAAAUUUGUAGCAAUGACACUGCCCUCACUGUAAUUUAUUGUGUUCUCUUGUAUUAUUACAUUAAUUGUCUUAGUCCAUUGGCUCCAUUCCUUUGAAGAACAGAUAUUUUACAUUUGUCACACCGUUAUUAUACGAUCCAUUCUUUCUAUGGACACAGAUAACAAGAGAA